AUGGCACAAGAAAACGCCAAAGUCCCUGAUCACGAAAACACAACAACGCACAAGCAAGAGGAACAAGGAACAGCAGAGUCAGAACCAACAACACCAGGCGACAAAUUCACACCCUACGACAUCCACACCUCCCCCAGAAUCCCGUCUGGACUCCCCCCAGACCUCUGGACCCUCAUCCAAUGCGCGCCCGCAAACUUUGCUCCCACCCACUUCCUCUCCGUCACCCGCAAUCUGCUCGAGAACCCUAAUCUCACUGCGUCGCAUCUCGCGCGUGCGGAGCUCUCCUACACCAGCUUCACGGACGCUACGUUCAACCCAUGCGCCAAGACGCCCGAGGACCUCGCGAGCAUCACCAAGCAUCUGCGGCCAGAAUGUCGGCCGCGGCUGCUGCGUGAUGGUGGAAUUGAGGGGUUCACGCUCGAGUAUACGGUUGUGCGGAAACUGGUGCCGCGGAAUCCGAAGCUGGAUGAUGCGUUGAUGCAGACGUGUCAUUUGUUGGUGUCUAAUGAGGAUAUCAAACUUACAAAUGGCGACAAAGAAGAAGAAGAAGAAGAAGAGGUGGUUGUGAAAGCGGAACGCUACAUGGUCGUUUACAUGCCGCAUGUUGAUCCCAACAAUGGACAUGCCCACAUCCCGUUUUACCACCCCAAAGUCCGCGCCCUGGCAAUCUUGUACACGUAUUUCCCAGCAGGGACCGGAAUAGCAGCAAAAAACGUGGCUUCAGCAGGCGUGCUCUCAGUCUACUACGACCUGUUUCCGCAGCAGCCGCUCGACAACCGGUUACAGCGGACGGCGCUCAAACUCGCAGAAGUCAUACACAAGCACGCGCGAGGGCGACAAGCCGGAUACAAGAAACGCGUGCACCACGACCAGAUUAUCGGGCAAAAGCGGUUCCAGGAUACAUAUGCGGAGCUGAAGGGGAAAUAUGCCAAAGCGCUGAUUGAAGCGUGGGUCGAGCAGACGCCGCCUGAGAAACACGUCUUUGAGGAUCUGGGCAUAGCGGCGUUUCUCGAGGAGCUGUGGAUAGAUAUGUAUGGCGGUGCGGUAACCGCUACACGCGAAGACAACGGAGAAGAAAUGACGGAGGCAUACGCCCACAGCAAGAAAGCAGCAGCAGCACAUGAGAAUUUCCCCGGUUUCGUAGACAUAGGCUGUGGCAACGGCCUGCUCGUCUCGAUACUCAACGCGCGAGGCUGGCCGGGCUGGGGCUUCGACGCGCGCCACCGGAAAUCCUGGGAUACGUUUCCGGAUGCGCAUGCGCAGAAGCUGAGGGAAAUGCUGCUUGUGCCUGCUAUCAUCCAGCCCUGCUCUCUCACGACUGCAGCAGCUACAGCAAGCACGGAAAUAUCACACACAACAACACCCCAUCACAACGGCAUUUUCCCGCCCAAAACAUUCAUCAUAAGUAACCAUGCGGAUGAACUCACGCCCUGGACACCGCUGCUCGCAUACCUCAAUGCAUCCCCUUUUAUCGCGAUACCGUGCUGCAGCCAUGAUCUGGGCGGCACGCGGUUCCGCGCCCCAGUGCAUGCGAGACAUGUGAUUCCGGAUCCGGCGACCGAGACGGCUAGGAAGAAGAAUAAACAGCCGUCGGCGUAUGCGAGCUUGUGCUCGUGGAUCUGCCAUUUGGCCGAGGAGACGGGGUAUAAGGUCGAGAAGGAGCAUUUGAGGAUCCCGAGUACGCGGAAUGUGGCUGUUGUGGGGAGGACGAGGGUUGGGCAGGGUGUGCGUGGGCAGGACGAGAAGGGCGAGUUGGAGCAGAGAUUGAGCUUCUUGACGAAACUGGUCGAAAAGGAGAUGGGUGGCUUGAGUGUUGAGCAGGUUGGGGCCAUGUGGAUGAAGAGCGGCGAUGGGUUGCUGAAGCCUGGGAAAGGUGGACAUUGA